UCUAUAAACUGUCAAAACUUCUUGACUUCCUAUCCACGCCUCCAAAGCCAGCUCCUCCACAUUUUAUCCAACAGAAACAACCACAACACCGACCUAAAAAGCCGAUCAGGAUCGUAUCCUUUUUAGCUGUUCUUCUCCAGCUUUGUUGUUAACGACAAAACCAAGAUAUUCUCGAAAUUUCGCCUUCUGGUCAUUUCUUGCCCCAAAUCGGAAAAAAUCAAGAUUGUGAAUUUCUCUGUAUUGGUUGAUCGGAACCACCGAAGAAACGCUUGAUUAUUUGAUUGUUUGUGAAGUUUACGAUCUGGGUCGAUGGCAGGAUCAGGGAAUAAGUCGGAAUUGGGGACCAAGUUCAAAAUCUCCUCCUUCUUCAACCGAUCUCUCACCAUGCACUCGACACCGAAACCGCAGCCAUCGCCUCUCGAACGGGCUGUUUCCAUCUCCAAAUUCUACAACUCGUAUGAAUCUGUUAAAGGUAAGGUCAAAAAACUUGCCACUUUAUUUGAUUCCCCAAAAUCCGCGAAAGAUGAAUCAAAUGAAUUGCAAGUUCAAUCACAACCGAAGCUAAAGUCAUUUAAAUCGAUGGGACCAGUCAGUUCUAUAUCAGCUAACUUCAAUAAUCGUUCAUCAAUUAAAUUACCGGGUACUGAGGAUCGAAUUGUGGUGUAUUUGACCAGUUUAAGGGGAAUAAGAAGGACUUAUGAGGAUUGCUAUGCUGUGAUGAUGAUCUUCAAAGGGUUUAGGGUUUGGGUUGAUGAGCGCGAUAUUUCAAUGGAUUCAGCUUACAGAUUGGAGCUGCAGUGUGUUUUGGGAGAAAAAAAUGCGAGUUUGCCACAAGUGUUUAUUAGGGGUAAGCAUGUGGGUGGUGCUGAUGCGAUAAAACAAAUGUUUGACACUGGUGAAUUGGCCAAAACUCUCGAAGGGUUCCCGGUGAAGAAACCUGGGUUUGUGUGUGAAGCUUGUGGGGAUGUAAGGUUCGUGCCAUGUGGGAAUUGCAGUGGAAGUAGGAAGGUGUUUGAUGAAGCUGAAGGGGUGCUGAAGAGGUGUUUGGAGUGCAAUGAAAAUGGCUUGAGCAGGUGCCCGGAUUGCUGCCAUUGAUCUCAAACGCUCACUUCUGGUGUGUGGUAAUCAGAUUUACUGGUUUUUCAUAACCAUAAUUCAUCAAUAUCGUUAAGAACUUUUGGAAUUCAAAAGUUCAUGGGGUUUAUUUUGUGAUUGUUCAUGCAUUAGUGAGGGAACUGAUGCUCUGUUGGUUUAAUGAAGGUUGUUCAUGAAAAAUAAUAGUGCAUGCCAUCAGGAAGCCAAAAUGGUUUGGUUAUUCUUGUUGUAUGUCCUUAAAGGGAGAUUGUUUCUCUCUUCUUAGAAUGUAAAUAUCUAGUGAUACUUUUAAUGCAAAUGACUUGCAUAUAUUGCAAUUUAUGCUUGAUGAUGAGAAUGGAGUUUGUCUAAUGAACUAA